AUGUCGUCCGCCACAGACAACCAGAUGACGAGGUUUCUCUUCGCUAUCUUGAAACAGAAGAACUUGAAGGAUAUUGACUGGAAUGCCGUUGCCCAUGACCCGAUACUGGCACAGCCCAUCACCAACGGCCAUGCCGCCCGCAUGAGAUACUCUCGUUUCCGCUCGGCGAUGCUGGGUCUCGAGCCCCAAAAGCGCAACAGGGCCACCGCGAACAAGAAUCGCGUUACCAAAACUAAAAAGGAGCAAAAGCCACCACACAAGAGAGAGGAGGAUUCAGGGAACGAGCGGGUCAAGCCGGAACCAGGGACGCUCGAGUCACUUCGCCGCCACGCCGAGGCUCGCCCCAGGUCUCCUGUCAAGGUCAAGCAGGAACACAGCCAACCCCCAUACCGGCAACAGUUCACGCCAACCUCCAUGGCAUCACCCACCGCUCCGGAAUGCCAACCGGUCUUCCAAUCGAGAAUGCUCACGCCCUGCAGCGACGACAUGUUCUCGGCACCUCACAACCUGCAAUUCAGCCCGUCCGCCAGCCUCAUGAGCGCUCACCCUGCCUUCGAUCUCCCUCAAGCCAUGUCCUGUGCCCACGACCAUGAUCACCACCAGAACGCGCAUGACCAUAACACAUGGGCUCCGAGCCCCAUCUACUCCGCUUUCGACGCCGCGUACGAUAUCGAGGGGUUCGGCGUCGGUGCCAUGUGCGACCACCAGCAUGUCCAGGGGCAUACGAACGACAUUCACGGGUCGCCUGCGCUUGGCUCCCUAAUGCCUGAACACAUGAACAUCAAGAACGAGAACUGGGACGCUCACUUUCACCUUUAG